AUGCAGGACGCCAAUGGCAAUGGCAGUGGCAGCGGCAGCAUUAACGUUGCCAGCGUCGCCAGCACUGCCAGUACCGGCACCAUCACCAGUGCAGGCACAAGCAUAGGCGCAGCCCCCAGUCUUCACCCUCUAAUACAAACGCCAACACCUCAACUCCUCCAGCUGCCAGUUCCCCAUCAGAACCAAUCCACCGGCGCGGCCAAUGGCUCUUCCACAUCCGCCGUCCCCUCGCGCCCGGGGCCUUCCACCUCGGGCAGGCGGUUUAUCCGAUCGCGCGAGGGCUGUCUGACAUGCAAACGCCGCAAGGUCAAGUGUGAUGAACAGCGACCCAGAUGCUCCCAUUGCGAGCGACUCAACCUCGAGUGCAAGUGGCGUCCCCAAUCCAGCAUCAGCCAGCAGAGAAGGCAGAUGGCUGCCGUGAGCGGCUCCGUCACCAGUCCUGUUCCUCCUUCUCCUGCCACAGAUAGCUCACCCAAUGCUCCUGGCUCUCUGCCGGGCCAUGCCGUCGACGAGGUAUUCGAUUAUGCAAGCUUCAUGUGGGACUCCGGCGACUUUUGGCAGCAGGUCAGCCCUCUGCUGACAACAGCCAAUGCUGUCAUGCCCUUUCCGCCACCGGAUCGAGGCUCCAUGAGCGCUUCUCUGGAGUCGGCAGGCAUCGAUAAAUUUGACAACAUGGGCGGAGUCCAGCAGGAACAUCAACCACUACAGCUGCUGCCACCAGCAGGCGGUAAUGACGAUCGUCUGUUUGACUUUUUUGCUCGCUCGAACAAUCCACCAUUGCUCGCUGAGGUUGAGACCCAGAAGAAGUGGCUCGCCAUGCGCCACGUCGUUGUUGAGAUGGCCCGUGUCUCAAGAAUGGUGCGCUGUGCGAUACUCGCCUUCUCUAAUGUCCUCAUUGUUCGCUCCGAAGGGCCAUGGGCUGCUGUUCAUCAGGGCCACUACGAAAGCGCCGUCGCUGAGCUUGCUGCGUUCGACAUGGCCUCUCUGACCGAGCAUAGCCAGUACAGAGAGCAUCUGCUUACCUCCCUCUUUUUUCUGGCCUACGUCGACAUUGUGGAGAGCAGGCUCGAGGCAGCUCAUUUGCACCUCAAGCGAGCGUACCUUGUCUUCCGAGAAGCAAACAAAAGCGGCAUCGUAUCGGUUGAGAAGCAAUUUUUCCUAUGGUUCCGCAUUCUCGACGGCCGAGCCGUGUCUGGAGGAGGUGACGGUCUUUUCUUGGCUCAAGACGACGAGUUGAUGCUGUUUGACGCCUCUCCGGCAAGUUUUGAGGGUGAUGGGGAGGAUGGGCCGAAGGAUGACCUUGUCGACGGUGAUAUUGAAGCUGUCCUCUUUCAAGUUCUCUACCAACCAGGCAUUGUCUUUUAUCAGAAGGUACAGAGCUUUAUGGGCCGUAUCUCCAAGAUUGAUCCGUGGCAUCGCUCCCGAGGCACGGUGGAGGACGAAACGGAGGUCAUGAACAUUGCUGCUGGCAUUGCAACGGACCUGCGCACAUUAUACGAUCAGAGGCCUCCGCUCAUGGAUUACGCUGUUGCAGGUAAGCUCACAGAGAGACACAUCUCAGCCCAUCUCGCCUUCGCCAUCACCAGAUCUUUCCGCACCUACCUUUCCAACUACUACGCCAGCAAGGUCCAUCUGCACCGUGUGGCGUACAAAACGCUGCCUCUGACUCGGGACACACUCGAUGCUCUGAUCAACAUCCGUCAGCUGGCGCGCCAACUUGUCAACGGCCUUCCUGCGGAUGAUGCGUUGCCUGUCAAUAUGCUCUGGCCUCUGUUGAUGCUGGGUGUGGAAGAGCAGGAUCCGGAUGAAAAGGCAUGGAUCAAGACGCAGAUCUUGCGGAUGGAGAAGGUUGCUGGGAACGCGAGGAUCACGGCGCAAGUUCUCGAAGAGGUCCAGACUCGCCAAGAUGCAGCCAAGAUGCGAAUGGAUAUUCGCUCGGUCAUGAUUGCUGUUUUUAACUCGUCGUUUGCGAUUGUCUAA